AUGCUCGGAUCGGCUACAGCCGGUCAGGCUGAAGUGCCGGAUCGAACUUUAUGGACGGGUCAAACCGUUGUAGCCGAAGCAGCCGUAGCCGAAGCCGCUGUAGCUGCUGAGACGGCGGUUGUAGCAGCUGGGCAGGGUAACGUGGUGCAGGUGUUAUCUGUGGUGGAGGGCCGGCAGCACUUCCACAUCGUCAUGCAGCUCUGCCGCGGCGGCUCGCUCGCCGAAUUCCUCGAGAAACGCCGCCGCGGCCAAGUCGCCACCUUGGCCGCCGCCGCCGCCCCCAUCGCCGCCGCAGCCACUUCUGCCGCCGCGUUGACCCCAUGCCCCUUGCACUCCUGCCAAGAGGAUCGCUCGCUUGUCGGUUUCCUUCCCGCAGACUCCGGAAACGCCUCGCCGUCACCGCCGGCGACGGCAGCGGCGUCAGAUGCGGAGAACAGUCCUCACAGAUGGUAUCAGGCGGCGACGUGGGAAUCGAAUUCGGAGGAGGAAGGCGGAGAGAACGAGGGGGUGGAGGCGCUGGAAGGGACUGAUUCAGCAGGCCGCGAUUGGCGGAUCAGGAUGCGAGACGAAGAAAGAUUGGGGGAGAGUGGUAGAGAGAGUGAGAGGAUUGAGGACGAAGCUACGGAGCAGGAGAACGAAGAUUCUGUGGCGUCGCAGCUGAAAGCUGAUUGGGUGCCGCGAAAGGCGCUGACGGGAAAGGGCAUGGAGAAGUCUGCAUCGACGGGCGAGCUAGCGCAACUCGCGGAGGCAGCCGCGGCUGCUGCGGCGUCGUUCGCGGGGCGAACUAAUGCAGGACACGCGGCGGCCACGGGGGCUGCAGGAUUGUCCACGUCGGCAGGAGCUGAGUCAGCAGGAACGGGAGGGGGAGAGAGCAGUAGGGCGGACCAAUCCUUCCGGUCUGCCCGCGUUGUUGGGCGGUCAACGUCAGUGGGGCAGUCAACAUCAAUCAAGCCAAGCAGUGAGUUUCUGCGCAAGAGCCCCUCCUUCUCUAUCCUCGCCACAGCUGCUGGUGCUCAUGCGGCUGAUGGUGAGGCUGGUGGGGCGAUGGGUACGCCUGUGGCGGCCAAGUCAGGGCGCUACCAGGCAGGCAGUGUGGGUGCUGCUGCCCAUCCACCCCACUCGGGUGGGCCCCAUGCGCAUGGCAGGGCGCAUGGCCACAGGAGGUCUGGCUCUCUCGCCAGCUGGCUGGGGCGAACCAGCCUCCAGAAGAAGCAGCAGCAGCAGAAGCAGGAGUAUGAGCAGCAGAAGCAUCAACAGCUGAUGCAGCAACUGGAGGAUGGGGAGCGGUCUUUCAAGGCAGGCCAUACUGAACUUUCCAUUUGUACUGCUGGUGUUGCUGCUGCACUCCCCUUGUGCGCCUGCACAUGCCAGCAGCAGAACCACUCCAACAAUAGCCUUCUCCCUGCUCUCAAUCAGGUGCAAGGGUUGCGGUUGGCUGACUUUGGCCUGGCAGAGAAGCUUCAGCCGGGGCAGGCAGCCACACGUGGCCUUGUUGGCAGCCCUGCCUACGUGGCACCUGAGGUGGCGGCAGGGCUCCCCGUCAGCUUCCCUGCAGACGUUUGGGGCAUCGGCAUUUGUCUGUACAUGGUGCUGUCGGGUGGCCAGCUGCCGUUUUCUGGGCGGCGCACUCGGCUUCUGUUGUUGAACAUUCGGCGGGCGCAGCUUCCUAUGGGGACGGCGGCAUGGGUGAGUGUGUCGGGGGAGGCGAAGGAUGUGGUGAGGAGAUUGUUGGCUGCAGAUCCGAAGCACCGGCCGAGUGCGGAGGAGGUAUUGCAGAUGCCAUGGGUGGUGAAAGGGAGACGGCGGUGGCUGCAACGCCAGACGGGUCCUGUCACUUGA